AAAGACAAAAAAAAGCACGCGCCGCCACUCCCUCCACCAUGUCGGAAAGCGCCCGGCCGGCGGUCGCGCGGAAGAUCGUGAAGUCGCUACAGCGGUGCACGCGGCACUCUCUGGAGCGUCCGCCCUUCGAGACUGCCCUCGGCGAGUAUUGCCAGUUCCCCCGGCCGUCGUUGUCACCUGCCGCUGCAGCGGCAGCGACCUCCGGCGGUCGCGGAGAGGUUGAUGAGGGGAUCUUCGUCAGGACGCCGCUAAAAAGAAAAGCUCCCUAUGGAGAAUAUGACACUGCUGAGUCAACCGGAUGGAGUAUUGUCAGUUCUGGGUUCAUUCAUGGAGUUGACAGUCCACGAAAAACCCCAAUUUCUGGAAAAACUGCUAGGAAAUACAAGCCAAAGUCUGAACGCACCAAAGCUGCACCUCAGGCAGCCACGUUAAAUGCUGCAGGUUCACCUGGCAACCCACCUACUCCUGCUGGUUGUCGGUAUGACAAUUCAUUAGCACUGUUGACAAAAAAGUUUAUCAAUCUGCUCAAUGAGGCUCAAGAUGGGAUUUUAGAUUUGAACAGCACAGCAGAGAUGUUAGGUGUUCGUAAGAGGCGUAUGUAUGACAUUACAAAUGUCCUUGAAGGGAUUGGUUUGAUAAAAAAGAAGUUGAAGAACAGAAUAUGUUGGAAGGGUUUGGGGGAAUUGGGAACUAACUUGGAUAAUGAUCUUUCAGUUCUGAAGAUAGAUUUUGAAAACCUUAAUCUACAGGAGCAAGCAUUAGACGAACAUAUAAGUAAAAUACGGGAAAAGCUGAAGGACUUAACUGAAGAUGAAGGCAACCAGAGGUGGCUAUUCCUUACUGAAGAUGACAUCAAGGGGUUGCCCUGCUUUCAGAACAAAACAUUAAUUGCAAUAAAAGCACCUCAUGGGUCUUCUUUGGAAGUGCCCAAUCCUGAUGUGUAAAACUGAAGAAGAAAUGGAGGGAAAGCUGGAUGAUGCUGCAGCACCCGCAGGGCACACAAAUGUGGCAAAGCAUGGCUCCAUAAAAUGCCCCAGAACAAAAAGAGCUUGGCAAAGGAGUAGAAAAGAGGAGGUGGUGCCUAAGGCUCAGAAGAUCCAGAAAACUCCAGAUCUAAAUGCCCCAUGUCAUUCUGAAGGAGUGUUGAGGAAGAUUAAUCCUUCAGAUGUUGAGGUAAGUUAGAUUUGAUCUUAUGAAGCUUAACUUUUUAUAUCAGUUAACUGAGAACAUCAAGCCUUAAUAUUUCGUAGAAGAAUCACACAAUUCAGAAAUCAGAACUCCAGUUCUACAUUAGUACAUUACAUACACGCUCUUAAAUU